AUGACAUCAUCCGGCUCCUCACGGCUGGCAGCUGCGAUGGGCAACUCCGCUGGUCGCACCGAUUUUCGCACUUCAGCAUCAGCCUCGCCCGAAAAAGAGUCGCGCCUGAGCUCUUCGCUCUCCUCGCAGCUGAAUUCGCGAGGUGCAAAUGGUCUGAAGAAUCUGGACAGGUAUCGAUAUCAAGGAGCGGAGGCUAGCAAGCCUGUGAUCAGUAGCAACGGCGCUCGCACUGGCAAACGCUCCAGCCCCAUCAAUGUGGGAGACAGCGAUGACGAUGGAAGCGUGCAGUUCUUGCGCUCACAGUCAAAGGAUGUUCCCCCGCCAGCCAAGAAAGGGCGCUUCAAGCUGGGUGCUAGGCCGCGCGCCGACUCUACAUCGUCCAGUGGGUCUCCUCAGAAAGCUUUUCCCAACACCAGCACGCCGGAACCAAAUCCUAGGACACAAGAGGUGGCACAACGGGUCUGCAACUUGAUGCGAACCGAGAAUGUAAAGGUCACGCAGGCAGAGGUGUACCGUCUGCUGGUGCAUUACGACAAUCCUGCUGCUACUUUGGCUGCCUUGAAAGAAAAGGGAAGGAAGGCUUUGGCAGUGUUGGGCAACUUUGAAGAGGAGAGUGUCGCUUCUCUCGUCAGCGCUGCGGAGAGCGUGGUCAGUAGCAGCGAUCGCAAUGCUGCCACCAGCACCGCACCCAGCAGCCUUGCGCCUUCUCCGCGCUCAGUCGAGCCACCAAAGCGCACCACCAGCUUCGUCUCGCAAUCGCCCCAGAGCACGAGCAGCGCUUCUCGCACUUUCAUGCUCAAGUCGCCAGCUGGACCUAUGAACCAGCGCGAAGGAAACAGCGAGAAUGCUCAAGCUAGAGCUAGCUGGUCUGCGAAACCGGCCUCUAGCACUUCUAAAUCCAAGUUGCAAACUUAUAGCAAAGCCGGUAAUGCGCAGUCCAAGCGUGCAAUCAGCAUUUCCGACGAUGGCGGGUCAGGCGAUGAUGGGUACAGCGAUGCUGGCGAUGAAGCUAGAGAGCUGAACGCUUUCAAGUACUUUGCAGAUUGCACCAGAGACGAAUUGCUGGAGACCACGGGUGAGAAGUCAUUUUGGUUGCCGCGCAAGGGCGAGCGAAAUGGAGUGUCAAAGCUGAUGCACUGCACAUCCAACACAGGCUGUAAGCCCCAAGAAGCGGAUAUCAUUCUGUCUUUGAGACCUUUCCACAGUCCCUCCGAUGUUCGCAGGAAGCUUGAAAGCACAAAGGGUGUGCGCCCUGCGCUUUACGACAACUGCGAGGAGCUCAUGGCGUCUUAUCACGCUGUAGACUCGGUGAUCUCUAGAUGCGAGAAUACCGGCAAGAAGCUGCAGAAGGAGAUGGGCUCGUGGGACUCGAAUGGCGGCAAAAACACGCCCGCGAGCUACCUGAGGAAACAGCCAGAAGACUUGAACGAUGGUGUGACGCUCAAGGACUUCCAGCUGCGCGGCGUCAACUGGUUAAAUUUGCUGCACAGGCACAGACUGGGCGGUAUUCUAGCCGACGAGAUGGGCACUGGGAAGACGUGCCAGGUUAUUGCAUUCCUGACGCACGAGCUUGCACAAGAGCGCAAACCACGUACACAUCUAAUCGUGGUACCUUCUUCAGUCCUGGAAAAUUGGCAAAGAGAAUUUCAGCAAUUUGCUCCUCAUCUCGAACCUUUUGUUUACCAUGGUCCUCAAGCGGAGCGUCUGGGCUUCCGACGGGAACUCAAGGAAGACAAAGAGACGUCCGAAGAGACUGGCGAAGAUCGCGAAUUUCCCGUGGUCUUGACCACAUACGAGACGGUCACCAGCAAGCAAGAUUUUGACUUUUUCCGGAAGUUCAAGUUCGACAUCGCGGUCUACGACGAAGGCCAUGUUCUGAAGAACAGGAAGUCUGCCAAGCACCAACAGCUGCAGCGGAUCGGCGCUGAAUGGCGCCUUCUUUUGACGGGCACUCCAUUGCAGAACAAUUUACAGGAGUUGAUGUCCCUACUCAGCUUUAUCCUUCCCCGCUACUUCGAGCAUGCCCAGUCGGACCUCGAGGGCAUCUUCAAAACGAGCGCCAAUUCGCAGAAUCUACUUUCACGUGAGCGCGUGAAUAGAGCGAAGACGAUGCUGCAGCCCUUUGUUCUGCGGCGUCGAAAAGCAGACGUUCUACCAGAGCUGCCGACCAAGACGGAGCGAGCAGAGCUGGUCGAGAUGACAGACACGCAGCAGAAGCACUGGGCUCGCCUCUUCAAACGCACCCGAGAGCAAAGGCUUGCUGCAGCUGCCGCGAAUGCCGAGGACAAAGGCGCGGCCGAUACGAAGCCUGUUGCGCGAGGGCGUCGUGGAGGCGGGGCCAAGAAGGCAGAAGCGACCAAGUUUGACAGCUCCCAUGUGCUCAUGUCCCUGCGCAAAGCUGCGAACCAUCCGCUGAUGUUUCGGGAAUAUUACGAUCAAGCUCGGAUCGAUAAGCUGGCGCGAGAGUGGAUCAAGGUGCACCCGGACGAGAACAUCCAGCACACAAGGGAAGACUUUGCCGAGAACUCGGACGCUGAGCUGGCGAAUAGUGUUGUAGCGGCUAUUCCGAAGCUAGUGAGUCCUCAAUUAGACACUGCCCAUUUGCAGACGCUCGGCUGACACGUGUCAUGAUAUUGCAGCGCGGUGGGCCGCUUGACGUACCAGACUCAGCUUGGCUGGAUUCGGGAAAGAUCAAAGCAAUGGAGCGUCUGAUCCGGGCAGCACAAGCAAAAGGUGAACGCGUCAUCGUCUUCUCCCAAUUCGUCAAGAUGCUGGAUAUUAUCUGUCGCGCGCUCGAUAUCAUGACCAUCAAGUACACGGGCUUCACAGGCAGCACUCAAGUUACAGAGCGGCAAAGUAUUGUGGAUGAAUUUACGCGCAAUCAGGACAUUACAGUCUUUCUACUGUCUACCGGAGCUGGAGGAGUCGGCAUCAAUCUGACCGCUGCAAAUCAUGUCAUUCUGUAUGACUCUGACGUAAGUCUACUGUUUUCACUGAUAGGCACGCCCGGUGGCUCCUGAUGACCCUUGCUGACGCGGAACUUCUGCCUCGAUGCUGGACGUAGUUCAAUCCGCAAAAUGUGAGAAUUGAUUUUCGCUACUCUUUGCAGGUCAUGUUUGCUGAUUUGCCGCCACUACCGCUUCAUUGACAGGAUCGACAAGCUUCUGAUCGAUGCUACCGGAUCGGCCAGCAUCGACCUGUCACAGUGACGCGGCUUAUAAGCAAAGGCACCAUCGAUGUAAGUGAUAGAAGAGCUGAUGGUAUAGGAAGUACGAGCGUUGAAGCUGACGUACGGCCGCGGCUUUCAGGAACACAUCUUGAAGCUAGGCGCCAAGAAGCUGCGCCUAGCUGAUCGAGUGGAGGGUCAGGAAGAUAAUGACAAGCAUUUGAUACUCGAUGAAGGUGGCUCAUCACCCAGUGCUGCUCAGGAGCAAGAGAAUGCGGCAGCGGACGAGGAGAAAAAUACCAACGCGAUCAAGGACCAGCUGUGGAAGGAGCUUUACGAUGAUGAAGCAUCUUGA